AUGGCUUCUGAUCAGGAUAGACUCAUGGCGGAGAUCUACCGCAAAAUAGAUCGCGAACGGGCCCUCAUGCACGCCGCCUCCAGCAUGCAGAGGGCAACCAACAAUGCAACCGUGCAGGCCAAAGCCGACACAUCUAUUCGAGAAGGUCGGAAGAAUAUCGAAUAUCUUGAAGAAAGACUACGCACUCUGCAACUACAAAUGCAGCCCAGCGGCCCGCCACCACCACAGCACGGUGGUCAGGGACAAUACGCUCCGCAAACGGGAAGACCCACAAUGGGAAGUCCUAGGCCUACUCCGCCGCCGAAGGAUCCGAACGGAAGAUCAUAUGGAGGUGAAGACCAUGGAGAUUAUGGUGAUCUUGGUCCAGGCGGAUACAGUCGUGGUGGCUCCGGUGCCAUGCCACCAAGAGCUCAUUUUGCAGACACUGAGUCUUUUCAAACUGUGCCUAAAGCGCGCCCCAACUUCUCCAAGCUUGAUCUUAUCAAGUACGAUACGCCUUACUUAGGCCCCAAAAUCCAACUUAUGCUCUCACAGUUAGAGUUCAAGCUGAGUGUGGAAAAGCAAUAUAAGGCUGGGAUUGAAAAAAUGGUUCGAUUAUACCAGGAUGAGGGUGACCGAAAGAGUCGAGCAGAUGCCGAGGCCAGACGCAUUGAGAGCAAUCAGAAGAUUCAGCUAUUGCAACAAGCACUGAAGCGGUAUGCGGAUUUGCACGUAGGUAUCGGUGAGGACGAUGCCGGCGAUGAUGAUAGCUUAAAUGCCCCAAAUAUGCGAAAGCCUUUGACAGGUCAUCUACAGAUGCGCAUUCAUGCGGUGCGGGAUGUUGAUCACGCAGUAGCUUCCAGAUUUUCUCGUGGACCGGAAACUUUCGUCAUCAUGAAGGUGGAAGACAAUGUGCGAGCGAAGACAAGAGCCACGCGAACGGACAAAUGGACCGAGGAGUUUUUCAACCUCGAUAUCGACAAGGCGAACGAGAUUGAACUCACCGUCUAUGACAAAUCAGGUGAUCGACCUACUCCUAUUGGCUUUCUCUGGGUACGCAUCUCGGAUAUUGCAGAGGAAAUGCGGCGGAAGAAGAUCGAAUCGGAGUUUCAACAAAACGGAUGGGUCUCAGCUGAUAAGAUGGCCAAUGGUGGAAGUCCUAACAAACCCGGUAGCCAAUUCCAGGCUCCACAGACACAAUUCAUGGCCCCUGGCGAUGUUGCUGGGCAGAAUUUGGCACUUGGCCCAUCCGGCCCUCAGCAGUCUUCCAAUACUGCCAUGAUCGACUCAUGGUUCUCCCUAGAGCCUGCCGGACGUAUUCAUCUGACGAUGAGCUUCCAAAAAGAGAUGGGUGCUCGCCGACCGUUCGAUAUUGGGCUCAAUCGUCAAGGCGCCGUUCGCCAGAAGAAGGAAGAAGUCCAUGAGAAGCAGGGCCACAAAUUUGUCAAGCAGCAGUUCUACAAUGUGAUGCGCUGCGCACUCUGUGGAGAAUUCUUGAAAUAUGCCGCCGGAAUGCAAUGUGCUGAUUGCAAAUACACCUGCCAUCAGAAAUGCUAUCCGAAGGUCGUGACGAAAUGUAUCAGCAAAGCGAACUACGAGACCGAUCCAGACGAGGAGAAGAUAAAUCAUCGCAUUCCUCAUCGAUUUGAAGGUUUCUCCAAUAUUGGAGCAAAUUGGUGCUGCCAUUGUGGUUAUCUUUUGCCUAUUGGAAGAAAGAAUGCCAAAAAAUGCUCAGAAUGCGGUUUGACUUGCCAUCAGCAGUGUGCCCACUUGGUUCCCGAUUUUUGUGGCAUGUCCAUGAUUGUUGCAAAUGAAAUCCUGGAGACCAUACAGAGGACCAAGAAUCACAACAAAACAUCUUCGAUAACUUCAGGCUCGGGGCUGAGCGGGAAGACAUUACGGCCAGAGUCGAGAAGACCAGCAGCUUUACCUUCCAGCGCUUCAAGUGGAAUGAGUCUCUCAUAUGAUGCCGGAGCGCCUCCGCCUCCGAGACAGAACUAUGAUGCUGGAGGCAUGGAUCACCACCCCAAACAGCCUUCGAUGGAUGCCAGGAGCGCUGCUGCCAAGUCGUUUCAGCAACCUACUUCGCCUGUCAGACCGCAAGCUCCACGAACAGGUUCUGCGAAUGAUGCGAUCCUAGCUGCCAGUGCUGCAGCUGGCAGACCUAGCUCGGUACAGACUUAUGGGAAACAACCAUCGGCGUACGAGCGACAAAGCACUGCUCCACCACCACAGAUUGCCUCGUACGAUCCGUCAGCCUACGAAAAGUUCAACAAAUCUCCUCAAGCUCCUCGACAACAGCACAUUCCGCAACAGCAGUACCCUCCUCGCACCGAACCGCCUCGCAUGCAGCCACCACCACAAGCACAACCUCAAGCACCACCUCAACAAGCAUUGGUGACCAAGCCAGAAACUCCCCCAGCAAGUGCUCAAGGAUCUGGGCGAAGAAUCGGUCUGGACCACUUCAAUUUCUUGGCUGUCCUUGGAAAGGGCAAUUUUGGCAAAGUCAUGCUUGCCGAGACGAAAGCGUCCAAGCAGUUAUAUGCCAUCAAAGUACUGAAAAAGGAGUUCAUCAUCGAGAAUGACGAAGUCGAAUCAACCAAGUCAGAAAAGCGUGUCUUCCUCAUUGCCAACGAGAAACGACAUCCUUUCCUCCUCAACCUGCAUGCAUGCUUCCAGACCGAGACACGGGUCUACUUUGUCAUGGAGUACAUUUCAGGGGGUGAUCUCAUGCUACACAUUCAGCGUGGCCAGUUUGGCUUGAAACGAGCACAGUUCUAUGCCGCAGAGGUUUGUUUGGCACUAAAAUACUUUCAUGAGCACGGAGUCAUUUAUCGAGAUCUCAAACUCGAUAAUAUCCUGCUGACUCUAGAUGGACACAUCAAGAUAGCAGAUUAUGGUCUCUGUAAGGAGGACAUGUGGUAUGGUUCGACGACAUCAACAUUCUGCGGCACACCUGAAUUUAUGGCACCAGAGAUUCUCCUGGACAAGAAAUACGGCCGCGCUGUCGACUGGUGGGCAUUCGGCGUCUUGAUCUAUCAAAUGCUUCUCCAACAAUCCCCGUUCCGCGGUGAAGAUGAGGAUGAAAUCUACGACGCCAUCCUCGCCGACGAACCACUCUACCCGAUCCACAUGCCACGCGACUCCGUGUCCAUUCUGCAGAAGCUGCUCACUCGUGAACCAGCACAUAGACUCGGCUCCGGACCUACAGACGCGCAGGAAAUUAUGAGUCAUGCCUUCUUCCGGGGGGUGAAUUGGGAGGAUGUGUAUGAGAAGAGGGUACCGCCGCCGUUCAAGCCGACUGUCAAGAACGAGAAGGACACGAGCAAUUUUGAUACCGAGUUUACCAGUGUGACGCCGGUCCUGACACCGGUGCAGAGUGUACUGUCGCAGGCUAUGCAGGAAGAAUUCAGGGGGUUCUCCUAUUCAGCGGACUUUGACAGCGGAUAUGAUGUGGAGCGUCCCAAGGAACCCAGCCUGCCCCUCGCAGCUCCCAUCUUCGGCUUGUCUCUAUCUACCUCGAAGCAAGCCUUUGACAGCACGAAAGCAAGCGACGAGACGGCCGCGGAAGACACACAGACAGACAUCCUCACUCUCGCAUACAUCUCCCCGCUACGUGCCACACUCCACUUAGACGACGAAGCGAUGGGGAGCGCGAGCUGGGCUGGUGCUGGUGCUAGAUGGCUUGUUCUGAUUGAUAUUGAUACCGAUACCGAUACCUACUCAAAAGAGAAGAGGGGGGCGGUUGGCUGA